AACUAUAAGGUGGGCAUAAGAGGAGAGUGAAAGUGAAAGUGAAAGAUGCAGGGUGAGGAUGAUGAACCUCUGACCCCAGCGGGGAGGUUGUUCCUACAACCAGAGAUGAACCAAAUAAUCCACUGUGUCAUAGGGUUGAAGAAACCAAUCGAUGUUGAUUCAGUAAAAACCCAAAUCCAAAACUCAGUUAUGCUCCAACAUCCAAGGUUCACUAGCCUCAUGGUUCGUGACCAUCGAGGUGUUGAACACUGGCGUCCAAUCAAAAUUGACCUCGACCGCCACAUCUUUAUCAUCAACAACGAAUCAGUCUCCGAGGAUAAGGAUGAUGAAUCAGCAAUCAGUGAGUAUAUGUCUGAUUUAUGCACAGAAUCAAAACUGAGCAUGGAUAAGCCACUUUGGGAGAUGCAUAUUCUGAGAGCACACAAGUGUAUUAUAUUUAGAAUUCAUCAUUCACUUGGAGAUGGAAUAUCACUCAUGUCGAUGCUCCUUGCUGGUUGUAGGAAGUUGCAAGAUCCAAACUCUCUUCCAACCAUAUCUCUUCCAAAUAACAACAACAAAUCUCAAAGAAGAAAUUUAUGGAGUAUCCUGAUUGCUCUGUAUUUUUCAUUUAUAUAUGUCAUCCAAUUCAUUCUGAGGGUUCUAUGGAUUCGUGACCGUAAAACCGCUAUAACAGGCGGAGAAGGGGUUGACCUUUGGCCCAGGAAGAUAGCAACUGCUACUUUUUCAUUGGAACACAUGAAGACUGUCAAGAACGCUGUUCCUAACGCGACCAUAAACGACGUUCUAUUUGCAGUUAUAUCAUCUGGAAUAUCAAGAUACCUGGACUUCAGAGAACCUAAUGGGCUGCAAGAUGGUGUUCAGCUAACAGGAUUAGCUAUGGUCAACUUGAGGAAGCAGCCAGGAUUGCAGAAUGAGCAUUACUUGCAUCAGGAACUGUCCAAUUUGAUGAAAAGCAAUUCAGGGGCAAAAUGGGGCAACAAAUUUGGUUUGUUCCUACUGCCUAUAUAUUAUCAUAGAAGCAACAGUUCAGAUCCUUUAGAAUAUUUGAAGAGAGCUAAAGUAAUGAUUGACAGAAAGAAACGAUCUUUGGAAGCCCAUUUGUCAUACAAAAUUGGAGAUUUAGUAAUGUCAACUCUUGGUCCAAAGUUUGCUAGCUUGCUAAAUUAUCGAAUACUCUGCAACACUACCUUUACAAUCUCAAAUGUGGUUGGCCCUCAAGAGGAGAUUAUGAUUGGAGGCAAUCCUAUAACGUUCUUAAGGGCAAAUAAUUCUGCCUUGCCUCAUGCACUUGUUUUGAAUAUGGUGAGUUAUGCUGGAAAGGCCGACAUGCAAGUGCAGGUGGCUAAAGACAUCAUUCCUGAUCCUGAAUUUCUUGCCAAGUGCUUUGAAGAUGCAUUACUUGAAAUGAAGGAGCAGGUUACAACCAAAAUCUGACAUUAAUUUGGAAAAUUGUAUUCAUUGGAUGUGGGGCAACAAAUUUAACAUUGCAAUGACUAUUAAUUGAUGAAUUAGUGGUGGUAAUAAAUUUGUCAAAAAGUUGAAUUAGUUUUUCCAAAGGUAUUUUAAAUAGGAGUACAUCUUGUAAAUCAUUAAUGUAUGUUGAAUUUUGAAAAAUGUCGAGUAUUAAAGGAUAAAGGAAAAUAUAAUCAAGUGAUG